AAUUAGUCUUUACUACUUACUGACUGUUGUUGCUUUGCAUGGUGACUGUGUUCCACACAUGUUAUGGAGAUCGCUGGUGAUAAGUUUGUCUCCAUUUUGACUUCUUUGGAACAGAUAUUAGACAAUCAGAGAAGUGCGAGUGAUAGUGUUGCUUAUAACAAGAGUAAAAUAGAUGAUGUGUUUUCAAUGAUGCAUAAUAAAACGUUGCAAGUCAACGUUUGUGUGAGGGAAGUGCGAGAAAUGAAGACACUCUGUGCCAAACUGAGGAAAGAAAUUGGUGAACUGAAACACCAAGUUUUUGAUUGUCGGAAGCUACUGUCCUUGCCGAAAGCUGAAUUGUCUCCAAAACUUCCACCAAAGACUGUCCGUUGGGCAGAUCAGGUCCAGCCAGCACAGGGAAUAACAAAAUCAUCUUUGAUCCAAAGACAGUUUUCUCUUCCAACUUAUUUUUCUCAAGCUACUAUCAGUGAUAGCCUAAUGAACCAAAGCUUCAGGUUGCCUCUAGUACCUGGCAUGUCGAGACCUUCCCCAGUCACAGAGCUGUCACCAUGGCCUUCUUAUAUAGAGGACAGAAUCAUCAUGUGGGACAGACUGAAGGUUCAGUAUGCUGAGGAGUUGGCCAGGAAAGUGCCAGAGGAUAUCACUGUCACUUUGCCAGAUGGCAAGGAGUUGCCAGCUCAGUCUUGGCGGACCACUCCUUAUGAAAUAGCUAUGGGCAUUAGUUUUGGCCUCGCUGAUAACGUCGUGAGCUGCAAGGUCAACAAUGUGUUGUGGGAUCUUGAACGACCUCUGGAGGAGAGCUGCAAGCUAGAACUUCUUAAAUUUGACAAUCCUGAAGCGGAGCAAGUUUUCUGGCACUCAAGUGCUCACAUACUGGGAGAGGCCAUGGAGCGAAUGUACGGUGGUUAUCUAUGCUAUGGACCCCCCAUUGAAUCUGGCUUCUACUAUGACAUGCACAUGCCUAACACACAGGUGUCAAAUAUAGAUUUUCCAGUUGUGGAAAACAUAAUGAAGACUAUUGUGAAAGAAAGACAACCAUUUGAGCGACUCGAGAUGAAAAAGGAAGAUCUCUUAGAGAUGUUUAAGUACAAUGAGUUCAAGCAGCGUAUCCUGAAAGAGAAGGUGACCACCCCUACCACAACUGUGUACCGCUGUGGCUCACUUAUAGAUCUGUGCCGUGGUCCUCACAUCCGUCACACCGGCAAGGUCAAGGCCUUCAAGAUUACUAAGAACUCGGCUACCUACUGGGAAGGCAAGUCGGAUGCUGAGUCUCUCCAAAGAAUUUAUGGGAUUGCAUUCCCAGACAACAAAAAGAUGAAGGAGUGGGAAAAAUUCCAGGAGGAAGCAGCUAAAAGGGACCACCGCAAGCUUGGAAGGGAGCAAGAGCUGUACUUCUUCCAUGAGCUGAGUCCAGGGUCCUGCUUCUUCCAACCCAGAGGGGCGCACAUCUAUAACAAGCUUAUAGAGUUCAUCCGGUCCGAGUAUCGCAAGAGAGGCUUCCAAGAGGUGGUCACCCCAAACAUUUUCAAUGCCAAGCUCUGGCAAACUUCUGGUCAUUGGGAGCACUAUGCGGACAAUAUGUUUUCGUUUGAUGUGGAAAAAGAGAUGUUCGCCUUGAAACCAAUGAACUGCCCAGGACAUUGUCUGGUGUUCGAUCAUCGGCCGAGGUCUUGGAGAGAGCUGCCGCUGCGGAUGGCUGACUUUGGGGUGUUGCAUCGUAACGAGUUGUCUGGCGCACUCACUGGUCUCACUCGUGUGCGCAGGUUCCAACAGGAUGAUGCACACAUUUUCUGUGCUGUCCCUCAGAUCAAGGCAGAGAUUACGGGGGCCCUGGACUUCCUGAGACACGUCUAUGGAGUGUUUGGCUUCACAUUCCAGCUAUGCCUCUCCACCCGGCCGGACAAGUUCCUGGGGGAUAUAGCUGUAUGGGAGGAGGCAGAGAAGCAACUUGCGGACAGUUUGAAUGACUUUGGUGAGCCUUGGAGGGAAAACCCCGGAGACGGUGCUUUCUACGGACCAAAGAUAGACAUUACAAUCAUGGACGCCCUCAGGCGGAAUCACCAAUGUGCCACCAUCCAGCUUGACUUUCAACUGCCUAUCCGGUUCAACCUUGCAUACAUCAAUGAGGCGGGGGAGAAGACUCGUCCAGUCAUCAUCCACCGGGCGAUCCUGGGUUCUGUGGAACGCAUGAUAGCCAUUCUCACAGAGUCGUAUGCGGGCAAGUGGCCAUUCUGGCUGUCGCCUCGUCAGAUCAUGAUCAUCCCUGUAGGGCCCCCCUUCAAUGAUUACGCUGAGAAGGUGAAGGAUCAACUGUACAAUGCAGGGUUUGUUUGUGAAGUGGACUCAGAUGCUGGGGACACCAUGAACAAGAAAAUCAGGAAUGCUCAGUUGGCCCAGUACAACUUUAUUUUAGUUGUGGGUGAGAGAGAGCAAACUGCAGAGACAGUGAAUGUUCGCACCCGAGAUAACGUCAUCCAUGGCGAGCUCAACAUCCCAGACCUUAUCAGCAAGUUCCGUCUUCUCACUGAAAAAAGAAGCAGUGAGGAUGUCUUUUAAACUCAUCUAGAUGUUAUGUUUCAAAACUUGAAAAGUUGCCUAAGAGUUUUUUUUAUUUAUUUCCUUUGUCAUAACACUUGUCAAGGGCUGAAGAAAACACCAUUCAGUCUAUUCUCAGUGCUUUUUUUUUACUUUUACCCAGGAAUUAAAAACAAUAUUUAGCUGUAACAGAUUUGACAUAGCCUGUGCAUAAUAUUAAAAGAACUAUAUAUAGUGUUUGAGAUUUGUAAUAAUACAUGCUACAUAGAUAUACAAUUUGCCUGUGAAUUUGUGUUGUUACAAAACAUUUGAAAUAAUUUAUCGUAUUUUUGGUUUAUACAGUAAACAUCAAAGGCAGUUUAUUCAAAAAGUUUGUAUUGAUUAUAAAAAAAUCAGCUUUGGAGAAACAAGCAGGAAAAAUUUGGUUAUUAAAAAAACUACCACUGUAUUUGGUCAUUGAGUGAAUUUACACUUAUUAAUUUUUACAUUCCUUAAAGUAACUAAAUUUGUACUAUCUAAUCAAAUGUACUAAUUUAUACAGUAUUGUAGCCUGGGUCUUCUAUCAAAUUUUAUUGUAGUAAUAUACAAUACGGUAUUGGAAUUACUGUACAGGUCUUAAUUUUUCUAUACUGAAGACCCUAAAUAGUGUUGUUUGUAUUUUAUGUUUGAUUAAAAUAUUGUGCAUCGUUAGAUUUGUAAUAAUCCCUUUAAAGUAUUUGUAAUUACAAAUUAUUUUGUACUCUUGUUCAUGAUAAUUAUGAAGAGAUAAAUACUUAACAUUAAGUGAAAAAUUUAGUGACAGUCAACAAUAUUUUAUUUAACCCAUUUCAGAUAGUUUUUUGGGGUAUGAAAUAGUCAUUUUGCACUGCAGCUGAAUAGAAAUGGUGUAUCCGGCCAGACUUUCUAUUCUCACCACUACUUAAAACCUAUUUGUAUAAUGAACUGGAUUUAAUUUUCUGUUUGAUAUUUAUUGUGUGUAUUUUAUUUAAUGAUGCAAUGAUUUUAUCGCAAUAAAAACAGAUGUAAUGCAUUUUUUAAGCUUCAAGAAGAGAUUUCAAUAUACUCCAGCACUAGUGAUGGUUACUGCAGAGUGCAACAAAAAAUCACUAAAAUGCUAAUUGUAAACACUCAGCAGAUAAUCUGAACUCAAAUGAGCGCUUGCUCAGCUGAAAAUUACUGUGAUUUAUUGAAGAUUAAUUGAAGGUUUACAGUGUAAAUUAAAUGUUGUUCAUUUUUUUAUAUUAACUUGCCUGAUAAAAACAAUGCAAUCUAUCAGGUGUUAGAACAAUUGCAGGGCAAUAAUACACUAUAAGAAGGUGAUCUUCUGUGGCCCAUUCACCACACAUUAUAUCUCAUCUUUCAUCUGCUAUGGGUUAAGUAAUAUGAUUUUAUUGAGAAUUAAUUUAACAUAAGUUUAGAUUAUUUGUGUAAAAAAACAAAUUCCAAACUUUCAUAAACAAGUUAUUUUGCAAUCUCUAAUUGUUCAGCUUGUCCUUCUUCUCAUUCUCUUCUUUGUGGGCUUUGGGUUUAGAACGGAAUAAAGUAGUUUUUUUAUCAUCAAAUUAUACAUCGCCAAUUCUGUUUAGAUGUUUCUUUGUAGGAUUAAAUUUUUUACAAAUGAGGCGAAAACUAUCUCAAGUUAUCAUUUUAAAUUCUUUACACAUAUUAGAACGGGGGGGGGAUUUAGAGACUAUCAUUUAAAUUUAAAUUGUAUCGUUCUAUUUUGUAAUAAAAGACGACAUUUAUUGACUGUUUUCUAAUUUAUCUUUUAAUAUUUGUAUUAAAUUUUAAGCUUGUUCUCUGUUAUUCUUCAAGUCCUAAAAUGAGUUUGUAAAGAGAAUUUUUCAGAAAA